AUGACCAAUAAUCAUCCAGAAGAAAUGGAUAAUGCUCUUUCAAACGAGAAACCUCAUAAGCAUAAGAACAAGAAGAGGAAAUCAGAAUCAAAUGAAGAUGAAGGAGAUGAGGCUAUUCAGGAAGACAGUGGUGAUUUACAGAAGAAGAGGAAAAAAGAUUCUUCCAAGAGUGAAGAAAAUAACCAGGGCCAAGAUGAUGACCCGAAACCCAAAAAAGAAAAGAAGAAAAAGAAGAAAUCAAAGGCAAAUGAAGAUGGGUAUAAUGGUAAUUUGGAAGAAGACAAUAGUGAUUUACAGAAGAAGCAUAAGAAGAAAAAGAGGAAAAGAGAUUCGGAGACACAAACAAAUGAUGACCCAAAACCAAAAAAGGAAAAGAAAAAAAAUAGGAACUCAAAAUCAAAUGAAGGUGGAGACAAGGGUAAUUUGGAACAACAAAAUGAAGACCCAAAAAACCCCAAAAAAAAGAAAACCAAAAAAGUUACCUUUUCGGGCCAAGUAGAAAUCUUCCCAUCGUCAUCAAACAAAACCACCAAAAGACAACAAAAAACAAAAUCCACCGACAACGACAACCUAGUACGAGGAAAAAGAUUCACGCCAGAAGAAGACGAAAUAGUAAAACAAGCCGUCGAAAACUACAUAAUCUCCAACAACCUAGGAGACGACGGCUUAAAAAUGAUCCUAAAUUGCAAAUCCCACAAAGGUAUGAAAAGAUGUUGGCAAGAAAUCGGCAAUUGCAUCCCCUACCGCCCUCACACCGCCAUCUACCAUCGGGCCCACAUCCUCUUUGAACAAUCCGAACACCGCCAAUGGACACCCGAAGAGAUCAAAUUCCUCAAAGAAUCCUAUAAAAAACACGGAAACAAAUGGAAAAUGAUCGCGGAAGAACUCGGUAAACACCGCUUCCAUGUCAAGGACACCUGGCGAAGAAUAGUCAAACUUGAGAAUUUGAAAAUUGGGAAAUGGAGUCAAGAUGAGUAUCAGAGUCUAUACGAUAUGGUCAACUUGGAUUUACAGAUGAAGAUCACGGGUCAAGAGAAAAAGUCAAAGCAUGGGAUGUUGAGGGAUAAUAUUCCAUGGACAUCGAUUAGUGAGAAGUUGACAACUAGAAGUGAUUCGACUUGUUGUAGGAAGUGGUAUGAACAGUUGACUUCGAGUUUAGUGGCUGAGAAGAAAUGGUCGGAUGCUGAUGAUUAUUGGUUGGUUGGGAAGCUUUAUGAGAUUGAUGCCGCUUGUGUUGAAGAUGUGGAGUGGGAUGAGCUUUUGGAGCAUAGAAGUGGUGAGAUUUGUAGGAAAAGAUGGGAUCAAAUGGUGGUUUGUAUUGGGAAUCAUAAGAGUAAGACAUUUGGGGAACAAGUUGAGAUAUUGGCUAAACGUUAUCGUCCUGAAUUGGCUGAAACUAGACAGAUUUGGGAUGAUAAACCCCUUGUUCCAUGA